UGCGCUGACUAAGAUGGCGGCUGAGGCUGGGCGCGAAGGGGAGGUGCCGGCCCGCGGAUCCGGCCGGAGUGAUGCUAUCUGCAGUUUCCUUACCUGCAAUGACUCGUCCCUUCGUGGUCAACCCAUUAUCUUCAAUCCUGACUUUUUUGUGGAGAAGCUCCGACAUGAGAAACCGGAGGUGUUCACGGAAUUGGUCGUCAGCAAUAUCACAAGACUUAUUGAUUUACCUGGAACAGAAUUGGCUCAGCUGAUGGGUGAAGUGGAUCUCAAGUUGCCUGGGGGGGCCGGCCCAGCCUCAGGAUUCUUCCGGUCUCUGAUAUCUCUCAAGAGAAAGGAAAAAGGAGUAGUGUUUGGAUCCCCAUUGACAGAGGAAGGCAUUGCCCAGAUAUACCAGCUAAUUGAAUAUCUACACAAAAACUUGCGAGUAGAGGGUUUGUUCAGAGUACCAGGAAAUAGUGUCCGACAGCAGAUUUUAAGGGAUGCUCUCAAUAACGGAACUGACAUUGACUUGGAGUCAGGGGAGUUUCACUCAAAUGAUGUUGCCACCUUGCUGAAGAUGUUUCUAGGAGAGUUACCUGAGCCCUUGCUGACACAUAAACAUUUCCACGCACACCUCAAAAUUGCUGAUCUGAUGCAGUUCGAUGACAAAGGAAACAAGACAAAUGUGCCGGAUAAGGAGCGGCAAAUCGAGGCUCUUCAGUUGCUCUUCCUCAUCCUCCCUCCGCCCAAUCGUAAUUUGCUGAAGUUACUGCUUGAUCUCCUGUACCAGACGGCAAAGAAGCAAGACAAGAAUAAGAUGUCUGCUUACAACCUGGCUCUUAUGUUUGCACCCCAUGUCCUGUGGCCAAAAAAUGCCACUGCAAAUGACCUUCAAGAAAAUAUCACAAAAUUAAACAAUGGGAUGGCUUUUAUGAUUAAACACUCCCAGAAGCUUUUUAAGGCUCCUGCUUACAUUCGGGAAUGUGCCAGAUUACACUAUUUGAACUCCAGAACUCAAGCAUCAAAGGAUGAUCUUGAUCUGACAGUUUCUUGUCGUACAAAGUCCUUCCAGCUGGCAAAGCCUCAGAGGCGGAACCAGCUGGAUUCCUACUCCCGUGAGGAGACGCAGCAGCGCACAGAGGAGGCGCUGCGGGAGUUGUUCCAGCACGUCCACAGCAUGCCGGAGUCCGCGAAGAAGAAGCAGCUCAUCAGACAGUUCCAUAAACAGUCUUCAACCCAGACCCCAGGGCGGGAGCCGUCCUCCCCCCGGGUGCAGAAACGGGCCCGCUCGCGCUCCUUCAGUGGCCUCAUUAAGCGGAAGGUCCUGGGAAAUCCCAUGAUGUCAGAAAGGAAACCCAAGUGCCCAACGCCAGAAUCUGUAGGUCUUGGAGAACUGAAGCAAUCCAGCAAAGAAAAUAUGAACUUGUUAUUUUCUGACUCUCCAUCUGUCACAAUGACACCAGCAAGACUGAAAUGGUAUGAAGGGAAGAAAGAGGGGAAGAAAGGAUUCCUCUGAAGGAGCCCGAGUUCUCCUGCGUCCGCCCAGCGAUUUCUCCUUUGUGUGGGCCAGGUGCCAUGACUGUCUGUGGAGAAGCUUGGAUUUGUAGCUUGCCUGCUGCCUUUGGAAGUGUGGAA